AUGCAGCUUUGUAAUUUUGAGAGUCAGGAUUCAGAUGACAGGCUGGCCCGGGAAGGCGCCGUGUGGAUCGUGCUGGAUCGCGAGUUGGCUGCUGGGUCAGGCUCCAGGAACCGGACACUCUCGGGUCGUCCAGCAGUCCCGAGUCUCUGGGUAUCCGAUCGUGUCUUCAAUACGGCCCGCUUCAUUGCGCGUGCGAAUCUGAUGAAGGGCUCCCUUGCCUCGAUGAGCUGGUGCGCGAUGUUCGCAACGACGCCGAGCGCAGGGAAUGCGAGCAGCACGGUCAUUGGGGCGAUUGGGGCGCCCACGACGCCGCUUAAGAUGCUGAAGAACACCGCGGAGACCAGGAGCUGGUGUUUUGGAGAAAAACUCAUCUUGGAAAUGGCGCUGGAGGAUUGGCCCGGGUAG